GCACAUUGUUGCUUUCAAGAAUCAAACAACAAGCCUCCAAGUCUUCGUUACCGAGAUAAGCAACAAACAAACCUCUUUUCUUUUUCUAAGGACGACCAAAAUGGGUAGUUCUUCAGAAGAAGAAAAGCUAAUUCAGAUGGUCAGAGACUUCAUUGAAUCAGGAGGAGGAUCUCCCAAAUCCAAUUCCCAUCCUCAAUCAAAUUCAGAAGAACCCCCUCAAAUUCACCACAAACCCACAUUUUCCACUUUACAGGAUGUUCUUAUGAGGGUCACAAAUGCAGAGACUCAGAUCCUUGAAAAAAUCUUAAUCUACCUGAGAGACAUCGAAUUCAUAGAUGAAACCAAUAACAAUCUGAAGAAGUGGAUUGUCCUGAGGCUCAUUAGGGAUGGUUUUGAAGCCUCUCUCUGCAAAACUUCCUGGCCUGCUACCCUUGGUGGCUCUUCAGUGUUUGAAUUUAAAGGUGAUUAUGAAUAUAUAGAUGUUAUGAAGGACAGCAAUGGUGAAGCAGUGAGGUUGAUAGUGGACAUGGAUUUCAGGUCUCAGUUUGAGCUAGCAAGGCCUACUUCAACAUACUCAGAGCUUACAACUUCUUUGCCUUCCAUAUUUGUUGGGAGUGAAGAGAAGCUAAUGGAGAUAAUAUGUUUGGUUUGCUCAGCUGCUAAGCAAUCUCUGAGGGAGAGAGGUCUUCACAUCCCCCCAUGGAGGAAAGCCACUUACAUGCAGUCCAAGUGGCUCUCUCAUAACUGCAAGAAAAUCUCUUUCUAAAUUUCUCUCCCAAUAGCAGAUUAUGAGCUAAAAAUUUGAACCCAAACAAGUCAUAGUGUAUGUGGUUCCUCCAAAAUUAGCAAAUAGCACCAACAAUUUUCUCAAGACUAUCAGAGAUGGAAUUUAGGUUUGGUAGCAUUGUUCACGUACUGUCAAAUUUAGGGAUGUUUGUUAU